AUGGGCAGAUAUCAAAGAAAGACUUCACGACAGAGUUGGGACCCAGUUGCAAUGGCAAAAGCAAUAGACGCAGUGACAAAGAAAGAAAUGGGAUGGUUAAAGGCGUCCAAAUCUUUCGGUGUUCCAGCAACGACUCUUAGAAGGCGGAUUAAAAAUCAAAUGGGAGCUAAUAAAGGAUACCUGGGAGGACGUAAAACAACUUUCACCCCAGAAGUUGAAGAAGAAAUUUUGGAACAUAUAAAGAGACUUGAAGAAAUGUUUUUUGGUAUAACCAGAAGAGACCUGCGGAAACUUGCCUAUGAUGUUGCUGAGAGAAACGGAAUAGCACACAAUUUCUCUAGUAAGGAACAACUAGCAGGAUGGGAUUGGGUGAAAGGAUUUCAGUCGCGUCAUCCUACAAUUUCACUAAGAAUACCAGAAGCUACAUCGGCAGCGAGGGCACGCGGAUUUAAUAAGGUCGUAGUUAGUAAACAUUUUGAAAAUUUGUCACUGGUAAUGGAUAAGUACAAAUUUGAACCGUCAAGAAUUUGGAAUGUGGAUGAAUCUGGACUAUCCACUGUUCCGUCAAAGAACUCCAAAAUAUUUGCAACAAAAGGGAGAAAGCAAGUAGGUGUUCUGACUAGUGCAGAACGUGGCCAACAUGUGACUGUGGUUUGCGCUAUGAAUGUUAUUGGAAGCUAUGUACCUCCAGCUCUAAUUUUCCCACGAAAAAGGCUAAAAAAUGAGUUAAUGGACGAUUCUCCUCCAGGUUCUGUGGCAUUUGCUCAAGAAAAGGGUUGGAUGACGGGACCAGUUUUUUUGCAGUGGCUUGAUCAUUUUGUAAAGUAUGUUAAGCCAUCACCAGAAGACAAAAUUCUUUUAAUAUUAGAUGGUCAUGGCAGUCACAAAAGCCUUGAAGUAUUAGAAUUUACUAAAAAACACGGAAUUAUUUUAUUCUGCCUACCACCUCACACAACCCACCGCCUUCAACCACUGGAUGUGACAUUUUACAGUUCGCUUACAAAUUACUACAACAUUGAACUGGAAAAAUGGUUAAAGAAUCAUCCUGGCAGGAUGGUUACACAUUUUCAAGUGGCUAGUAUUUUGAAAAAAGCAUAUGCUCAAGCCGCAACAAUAUCUACUGCAGAGAAUGGUUUUUAUCAAACAGGAAUAAUUCCUUUAAAUCCCGACAUAAUUCCUGAUUGGAUGUACGCUGCUGCUGAGCCAACAAACAUCGAAACAGAAAAAGUAGUAUUAUCAAAUACAGAAUCUGACAACUUUUCUUCUCAACCGUGCAGCUCAAAUAUGGCAGACGAUUCUGGAAAUUUGAAUCCAGAAAAAAAUACACUAAAUGUUCAAGAAAGGUCAAGCCGAGGGUCAAGCUCAUUAAAUGUUUCUGUAGAGGAAAUCUAUCCUUUACCCAAAGCUCCUGUAGAAACCCAAAAUCGAACCCAAAGAAGAAAAGGAAAAAGUGGAAUAAUAAAUGCUACACCAGAAAUUGUGGAGGCAAAGCGUUUGCAUGCUGAAAAAGAAGCUAAAUCUUUAAGAACGGCUGGUAAAAAGGCGUCAAAAAAUUUAAAGAAUGUUUUUGAACCUAAUGAAAGUGAUAACUCAGAAGAUGACCCUUAUGGAACUGAUGAUGAAUAUGGAGACACUGUCUGCAUAUAUUGCAAUGAACUGUUUAGUCAUUCUCGUCCAAAAGAAGUGUGGUUGCAAUGUCAAAAGUGUCUACAAUGGUGUCAUAUAGACUGUGCUGGAGUCUCAUCGAAGACAAAGCGAUUUACUUGUGAUUUGUGCAAAUGA